AUGGAAGAGGCGAAGAAUAUGGCAUUGCUUUUCUUUAUGGACCAUCUGAUGCAAAAGAAUGGUCGAAGAACUAUCCAUGACCUUUCUUGCCAGUUUGGAGCUCGAGGUUUCACUGAAGAAAUGAGAAAUGCAGUCGGUACAACUCAAGAGGGGCUCACAGAAUUUUUAUUACAACAUCCUUCUUUGUUUUCUAUAGACGGCGAUCAAGUAAUCGUAGUCGGAUUUGGUGAUAUGACCGCAAAGAAUAAUCCAUUACUGCAACAAACAUCUCGUGGCAGAGACUAUGAAAAAGAAGCUGUAGAGUUCUUCGUGAACAAAUUGACCAAGUUCGGCCCUGAGCUCCAGAUCAAAUCUCUACUCGGACAUCGCUCACAAGCUGCUCCUGAAGUUCGUCUAGUUUCAGGUCGACAUCUGAAAGAGUUUUGUGAAUUCUUGCAAUCUCAAACGGAACACUUUGUUGUAGAAGGAGAUCGUGUUCGCUUAAAAAAUAUGCCUGAACCAGAUGAGGACUCAAUUGAAAUGGAUGAUGAAGGAAGGCCUCUCUCAGGGGUGAAAGCUAAACAAGCAGCUGUUGAAUAUCUUAAAAGUGUAUUGGAACAGAACGAUGAUCAACCUAUUCCAUUAGACCAAUUCUAUCAAAGCUUCUGUCAACGCUUCAACCAUACCAUAAGGCAGGAUGUAGCAACGAAUCCAAAAGAACUUCUUCAAUUUCUCAAGCUGAAUCGUUCGCUUUUCUUCAUUCGUAGUAACAAAGUUUCCUUGGUGAAAAAUAGACCAAGUGAAGAUGGCUCUGAAAAUGGUUCUGAAGAGGAACAGUUAGAAAAUAAUAAUAAUCAUAUCUUUCCUCUGGAUCAAAAUGCUCUGAGUAAAAUUCAUUACGUGAAAGCGUUAAGACAAGCGAAGGAUGUAAUGGAGAAAAUCUGGGCGGAUGCCAAGGAUAGUCCUCUGGUUGGAUUGGAUUUCAAAACAGUCACCUUGGGUGCUGAUGGGGAUACUUUUCUGUCAUUAGGUGUCAUUGCAUCUACUUCACUUAUUGGAGUGUUUGAUUUGGCAUCAAGUGAUGUUAUGGUUAUGGAAAGUGGAAUGAGGGAGUUACUCGAGAAUGACAGAGUGAUUAAGGUAAUCCAUGACGCUCGAAGAAUCAGCUCCAUUCUAUCACAUAAGUAUGCCGUCCACAUGAGGAAUGUUUUUGACACUCAGGUCGCUCAUGCUAUUCUACAGCACGAUAAGUUUAACAAGCCUCUACACGAUACUCGACCUAUCACCUUUCUGAACCUUCAAAGGGUUUACUAUCCUCAAUCUAUUUUACUUAGUGAUGUAACUCCAAGAAAACUCAGUCAAAACCCGAACUGGGGUUUGAGACCUAUCACAGAUGAAUUCUUAUUGAAUAUAGUAGAAGAAGCUCAUUGUUUGAUAUUUGCAUUACAUCAAACUCUUUCGAACCUCCUACCUGUUCAUUUACGUGGCUUAUUCGACGAUAAAUGUAUUGAGGUUCUCUUAGCAAGUCCCACUAGGCCACCACCUUCAAACUUUUCAUCAGGAAGUCCUUAUAGGGCAUCAACGCGUAGAGCUGAUAGGCCGACACCAACAUCAAGCUACAAUACAUCUUCAUCAGGAUAUGAAAGUGUAAGUCCCAGACGUCGAAUGGCCGAUGCUUGUACUCAAACAUUUUCUACGGGAGAUAUUCAAGUGCUCAAUGUAUACUACGAGUGA